AUGAAUGAAUAUGUUAUUUAUUUACGUUUAUUCAUUACUGGUUUACCACAUAUCUUAAUAAGACGUUUACAAUUACAUGUUCUUUUUUUAUUGGUAAACUCGAAUAAUCAACAGCAAUAUAUAGUAGAUAUAAAAAUGAUUUGAACCUACUAUCCUUGUUUAAACUAGUUUCUCGAAAUGGUGAUUGGAUAUUUCUGGACUAUUGAUAUUUCACUAAUGUUAAAUUUGUAAAAUUUAUGUACUUUUUGAGACUUGUAUUUUAAAUAAUCGAUUUUUUUAUAUAUAUAAACACUACGUGUUUACAAUGUUAAUAAAAGAAUAAUUAGUCAUGUAACAUGUCAUAGAACAUUAUGUUACAAAUAUUUUGGCCAAUCUGUAAAGUUUACUAUACUCUAUGACUAAGUCGAAUCAGUGUUAUGUUUAAUUGUACGUAAUUUUUGUUUUGAAAUGAUAAAGAUAAGAAAAUAUUGCCGGAUAAAUAUUAAAUCAUCAGAUAAUAAAAAUAAUAGAUAAAAUUUGAAACAUUUCAACUAAUUCCUGUUUUCACGAAAAAUAAUUAUACAUUUUAUAUUAUUUUUAAAUAGCAUACUUUAAUCGAAUUUAGAAUGGAAAUUGACUAUAAAUUUGUAAGAGAAAUAGAAUGUAAACAAGGAGCUAUUAGAGCUGUACGAUUUAGUGGUACGUAAUUUGUUCGUAGUUUUUAUUUCGUAGUGAUGUUGACUUUUUUUUAUCAUUAAAUAGUGUUGAUUUAUACUUAAUAUCUUUUUAGUUGAUGGUGCUUAUUGUUUAACUUGUGGAGCUGACCGAAAAUUGAAGUUAUGGAAUCCUUACAGAGGUGUUUCUUUAAAAGUAUAUGGAGGACAUGGAGAUGAAGUAAUGGAUGCUAGUGCAUCAUGUGAUAGCAGUCAGAUAGUGUCUUGUGGAUUGGAUAAAUCGGUUAUCCUUUGGGAUGUUGCAACUGGAACUCCAAUUCGACGUUUAAGGGGUCAUGCAGGACCUGUUAAUACUGUAAGAUUCAAUGAAGAAUCUUCUAUGGUUGUUUCUGGAUCCAGAGAUAACUUGGUUAUGUUGUGGGACGUGAAAUCUAAAGCACUGGAACCUGUGCAAUGUUUGAAUGAUGCUAAAGAUUCUGUUUCUAGUGUUAGAUUAUCAGAUCAUGAAAUUCUAACUGCCUCAUUUGAUGGGAAAAUACGCAGAUAUGAUAUUCGUGUAGGUGAAUUAUAUACUGACUAUAUGGGAGACGCAGUAACUUGUGCCAGUUUCACAAGAGAUGGUCAAUGCGUAGUUGUUAGUUGUGCCGAUGGUGUGAUUAGAUUAAUGGAUAAAGAUUCUGGAGAAUUACUUGGGGAAUUCACAGGUCACGUGGCAAACAAUUUGUGUUUAGAAUCAAGCGUUGACACUCAAGAUACUCGCAUUAUUUCUGGAUCUGCAGAUGGGAAAUUAUGGAUAUGGGAUUUAGUGUCUCAAAAAGUAGUUGCAAAACUUUCAGGAUUCAAACCAACGAAACAUCCGACAGUAUCAUUAAGUAUUCAUCCGCAAACAAACUGUUUCUUAGCUACCAACGGACCAAAUAUAUUAAUGUGGAGUACUGCAUCAGGACAAGAGUAA